AUGGAUAACUUACAAGUUCCGAUCUCCCGACCUCUUCAACUGAACCUGAACGAAAUGGAAUACUCCACACCCGUAGAGAAACCAAUAUAUUUAGAGCAUUCACCAGGACUUAGCCAAAAGAUCAAAAUCCCGAAGAAAAGAUAUUCCUAUGCUGAUCCGUUGGAACGUAUGGCUACACCAAUGUUUGACAAGACAGAAACUAACCAAGCAAAGAAAGGCCCGUCAUCAGCCGCUACCGUACUCACUAUGGCCGGGCUGUUUGUCGUCGGAAUUCUACUGAUGAUGAGCGGUAUUAUCGUAUUGAUAGUGCACACCGAAACCCCGUUCAUCAUCACCGGUUGUCUGUUCAUGGGAGUUGGGUUCAGCAUGUUGUUGAUCUGUGGCGUGCUGCAACGCAAAAACGCGGAGUCGACACUGAUCUCGGAUGACCGCCCAAUCCUCGGCGUGUGCUGUACGAUACGUGAGAGAGCGGAAAGAUACGAAGGCCGUUACGACUACAAAAGGCCCGUCGGUUGCCGCGAAUCGACGCAGUCCGCCAUGGAGUCCGACGGACGCACCAAGGCCUACAAAUUCGUCGCCUAUGCGGCCGUUUCCUUCUCGGUGGUCGCCGUUUUGUCGGUUGUGCUCACGCUACCGAUGGUGUAUAACUACGUGAGUCAUGUGCGACGUCAAAUGCAGCAUGAGAUCUCGUUCUGCAAGGGAUCUGCCAAGGACAUCUUCGCCGAAGUGAACUUCAUGAAGGCUAACGUUGGUCCCGCUGCCCCUCGUAACCGUACCAGCCGUCAGUCUGGCUAUGGUGCUCCUGAGGUCAAUCCUGCCCCCAAUCUUCAAUGUGAGGGAUGCUGUCUGCCCGGACCCCCAGGACCAGCUGGAGCGCCCGGAAAGCCAGGAAAGCCUGGACGUCCAGGAGCACCUGGAACACCAGGAGUGCCCGGAAAGCCACCUACUGCACCAUGUGAGCCAACUACACCACCACCAUGCAAACCCUGCCCACAAGGACCACCCGGACCUCCUGGACCACCUGGAGCUCCUGGAGACCCAGGAGAGGCUGGUACCCCUGGACGCCCUGGAACCGAUGCCGCUCCCGGAUCACCUGGACCUCGCGGACCUCCGGGACCACCUGGAGAGCCUGGACAACCCGGACCUGCUGGAGAGCCUGGAUCACCCGCACAGAGCGAGCCUCUUACCCCUGGAUCCCCUGGAGAGCCUGGAGAUGCUGGACCACCAGGACCACCUGGACCUCCAGGAGCCCCAGGAAACGAUGGAGCUCCAGGACCCGCUGGACCAAAGGGAGCCCCUGGACCCGAUGGACCACCUGGAGUCGAUGGACAAGCUGGACCACCUGGACCUCCUGGACCUGCCGGAACCGCCGGAGAGAAGGGUAUCUGUCCCAAAUACUGCGCCAUCGAUGGUGGAGUGUUCUUCGAGGAUGGAACUCGCCGUUAA